AUGGAGUGUGCGAUUCGUGGGGUGCAUCUCUGCCUCAGGGAGCUAAGGGAUGCCUCUUGUAUCGUGAGAGCAGCCGAAGGGAGAACUCAAGAAGCUCAGCUGACUUUGGCAGACACUCCCACUUUCCGCUUGGCUGAAGUAAUCCAGCACGACCGAAACGCUGACCGCAAAUGGGUCAUUCGAGGUAACGCCGUCUACGACAUCACCGAUUUUAUCGCCUGUCACCCCGGCGGUGAAGUCAUCCUGCGAGCAUGCGGUAGCACCAUCGAUCCGUAUUGGAAACUGUUCAGUAUUCACGACAAGCCGGAAGUGCGGAGUAUCCUCGAUGGUUACUAUAUCGGCGACAUCGAUGAGCGGGAUCUCACCGAUGCAGGCGAGGUCGAUUGGUGUUCCGUCAACGGCCUCGAGGACGGUUGUAUCGUUGAUCCAUUCAAGGAUGAUCCGGAGCGGGAUCCCAGGUUGAUUGUCCAGACUGCAAAGCCGUGCAACGCGGAGACACCUGGCGGGCUUCUCAACGACUUCAUCACGCCUGUUCGACUUUUCUUCGUGCGGAAUCAUCUUUGGGUUCCUGAUAUCGAGGAGAAGGAACACAGGCUCAGUAUUGAGCUCUCGGACGGCGAAGAGAAGUCUUUCACGAUCGAUGACCUCAAGCAGAAGUUCAGGAAGCACACCAUCACCGUAACCCUGCAAUGCGCCGGCAAUCGAAGAAGCCACAUGAGCCAAGCCAGUGCGAAUGGGAAGACCGCCGGCCUCCAGUGGGACGUCGGCGCAAUUAGCACGGCAGAAUUCACUGGAGUUCUGCUCCGCGACGUCCUCCUCGCUUCCGGCUACGAUGUCGACAAGGCUUGCUCAUCAAGUCCCCACGAUGAAGACGCCGACAAGCACGUCCACUUCUGUGCACCGAGCGAUACAUACGAACAGUCCGUUCCCAUUCAAACAGCUCUGAACCCGACGUCUGAUGUCCUCCUGGCGUGGGAAAUGAACGGCGAAUCCAUGACCCGCGACCAUGGUGGUCCACUCCGAGCGAUUGUGCCGGGAAGUGUGGCGACUCGCAGUGUGAAGUGGGUUGGGAAAGUGCGAAUCAGUGGAGAAGAGUCCCAGAGUAAUUGGCAUGCUCGGGACUACAAGUGUUUCGGACCGAAUGUGAGGGCGAAGGAUUUGAAGCCGGAGGAUUGGGAGGGCGCGCAGUCAAUUCAGGAAAUGCCGGUGCAGAGUGCUAUCACGAAUGUUGUCUGCUCGAAGGGUGGAGACAAUGGCAGGAAGGCAUCAUUGCAGGGCUUUGCGUAUUCUGGUGGUGGGAGGAAGAUCGUUCGGGUGGAUGUCUCGGCAGAUGGAGGUCAGACGUGGCAGCAAGCGAGGCUGAAGGGAGAUGAGGCCAAAGGUACCAGGCGAUGGGCGUGGACGUUGUGGGAUAUUGACUGGGCAGAUGAACAGCUUCCGAAGGAUGGUCGCCAGGCCGAGUUUGUGGUGAAGGCGGUCGACGAGGCAUACAAUUGUCAGCCGCAGACUUUUGAUGCGACGUGGAACUUUCGGGGAUUGCUUGGAAAUGCAUGGCAUAGGGUGCCGAUGCCAGCGGAGUCUUGA